ACCCUGAAAACACGCUUGCAAAGUCAACAUGGGUUUUUUCAAUCCGGCGGUUUCAAACACAUAUAUAAAGGCAUAAAACCUGUGGUACUAGGUUCGGCUCCAUCAGCUGCUAUAUUUUUUAUCACUUACGAAGGAAUAAAACAAUAUUCGCAACCGUAUGUACCAAAUCAGUAUCACUCCGUCAUUCACAUGAUCGCAGCAUCAUCUUCUGAAGUAACUGCCUGUUUGGUUCGGGUACCAGUUGAAGUAAUUAAACAAAGAAAACAAGCUCUUUUGUCCGAUACGCAUCGACUAAGAUUAAGAACAUUGUAUCGCGGUUAUGGAAGCACCGUUCUUCGGGAUCUGCCGUUUGGCGUGAUUCAAAUGCCAUUAUGGGAGUAUUUCAAGAUUUAUUGGACUCGACAAAUACAACGGGAGUGCACACCCCUGGAAGGUGCCGCUUGUGGAUCUGCGUCAGUUGCUAUAUCAGCUGCCAUAACGACGCCUUUAGAUGUUGCGAAGACCAGAAUUAUGUUGUCCAGCACAUCAGCAGAAAAAGAGGAAGUUAAAAUAUCGACAAUGUUAAAAGAGGUUUAUAGAGAUCACGGCUUUAAGGGGUUGUUUGCUGGUUUCCUCCCAAGAGUAACUGGCUUUACUAUUGGAGGGUUCAUAUUUUUUGGUGUUUAUGAACAAGCUAGAGAAUUUUUUAUAUCCUACUUUUCUUAGUCGCCGUUAAAUGAACAAAUUAUAAAAACUAAAUUAUGAAUACAUAUUA